GCCAUGUCAAGUCAUACGGUUCGAAAUUUGUUGGUAACUACCGGCGCAGCUUAUGCUAUCCAAGUUGCCUGUGCUUCAGUGGCAAUCCCACUUCAGACUGAAACAUUCUAUGAUCUGUCAGGUUCUUUGACAUUCAUAUCAUGCACUGCGCUUUCGCUUUACUACCCAUCCCUGAAAGAUCGAUAUAUCUAUAAAUCAUCCAAGCCUCUUCCUCGGAUCUCGAGUUUUCAUACGCGACAAUUGCUCAUGAGUGGAUUCACAUGCCUAUGGGCCACCCGGCUUGGCACAUUUCUGUUCCAGCGUAUCCGCCGCAGCGGGUCAGAUUCAAGAUUCGAUGAAAUCAAGCGCGACCCUGUUAAGUUCUUUGGUGCUUGGAUGGCCCAGGCUACGUGGAUCGCGCUCACGGCUUUUCCAGUCUAUGCAGUCAAUUCAAUUCCAUCGUCUCGUAAUGCACCUCUCGGUGCGAGUGGAGUCUUUGGUGCCAGCUUGUGGGCCAGUUCUUUCCUCUUUGAGGUAGUUGCUGAUCGACAAAAGUCUGCCUGGAGAGAAGAGAGAGCACAAAAGGUCCAUGAUGAGAAGUUCAUCACUCGAGGCUUAUGGUCUAUCAGCCGUCAUCCUAACUACGUGGGAGAAGUGAUGAUGUGGACUGCGCAGUUUCUUUUGGCCUGGCGCACUUUAACCCGUUUGUCAGUGGUGGCAAGUUUGAGUCCGAUCAUGGAGUACCUCUUGAUCACCAAACUCUCUGGACUUCCUCCCCUAGAGUCCAAGGCGGACAAGUCGUGGGGUGACGAUCCGGCUUAUCAGGCCUACAAGGCCAAGGUGCCUGUCUUUUGGCCCCGACUUUGGUGA